AUAUGUGCAACAUUUAUCACUGUAUUUAACUUGAAGUACAAAAAUAACUAAAACUGAAAUAAUUUAGUUAAAAAAAAAAUAUAUAUAUAUAUAUAAAAGACGCAUUAAAAAAAACAUGCAACAAAAAUACUAAGAUGCUACCUAAAAUUAAAAUGAAAGUAAAAAUAUAACCUGGAAGCAAAAUCUGGAAAAUAAUGUAUAAACCAAAUUCAUCUUUACAGUUUUUUUUUUUACAAACGCUAGGACACAUUUCUCAAUACUUGGGUUACUCUUCACACAGCGAGCACAACAUCAGUGUCUGUGGCUAAACUGUGGAUCGUUUAUCGCUGCUUUGGCACAAAGUGCAUUCAUUGACCGCAUCUGUCAAAUCACAUCAAUUCUUUUAUCACUUCUACACAAACACCACCGAAACUUUAUGUUCUAUAUGAGCCAAUUUACACGUUUAUAUGAGUUCAAAACCUAGCACAGUACAAAAAUGAGUUUGCAACAUUUCUACAGUAUUAUCAUAUAGUAAAAAUCUAAUACUAUCAAAGCAGUUGCAUGUAGCUGAUUAUCUUCACAAGUGUUAGUCUUUCACUUUCAUUACCAUCUAUACAAAACUGGAAUAAUCUUGUACUCUAAUAUAAACAUGGACAUGUAACAUGUCCUGCAGUGAAUUAUAAACAGUAGAGAGCAUCAUUCUUCAGCCGGGCUCACACUGGUAGGAUUGUACUUGUCAGACUGUACGAACAUGAUGAUCAUGUCACACUGUGGGAUCUCAGUUGUUGUUAAUGUCAGACUGUACGACAGUCAAGACGCCUUAAAGAUGGGUGCACGCAAGAAAACUUGUCCGGAGUUUUACAUUAUCAACCCUCACAUGUUAAGUGACCGCGAGCUGCAUUGCGAGGCUGAAAUGUUGGCUAUCAUCAAAAGUAUAUGAACGGCGGCAAUACCGGAGUAUUUAAGUAAGCGGCACUGCACACCCACAUGAAAACAGCGGCGCAACCGGUGUAUAUCAGAUGAAUUCUGUGAGCGCCGGACAUUAAGCCAGAUAGAAGAAAUCUCUAGCAUUAAUUCUGAUCAUAGCUUGCCUUGAAAAACAAACUCAGUUUGACGUUCGUCGUAGGAGAAGUCACACUGCAGGACUGUGCGCCAAAUCUUCUGACACUGCCAGAAUUUCGUCUGAGGUUAAAUUCGAUCGCGACAGGCAUUAGACGGCUGUCGGUGAACAUGUCAAACCAGCGAUCAAAGACUACAGAUUUUAGCCUAGGAUUCAAAAUUUGUCUCAGAUGACCAAAUCGUGGCCAGAAUCGCACAGUGUGAGCCGACUUUAUUCUGUAAAGAAAUCAUUGUGUAGUGCUGUCUGUUGUUAUUGUUUUUUAGCUCGUUGUGUUAUGAGUGAUGAAGUGUGUUUGUUUGGUGAAAACCUUUGCUGGAGUUACGUUAGAGUGAGAUGAUUUAAAACAUUACUGAAGUGUUUCAGUGGUUUUAGGGCAUUCUGAAUGUGAAAUGAACUGCUGAAGCUGAAAGACGGCUCGAGAACUGUGUGAAGAGUUUUGAAAAAGUGACUGUAGUGUUGAGAAAUGUGUCCUAGCGACAGUAAACUGUAAUUUUCUGGCUACAUUAAAAACCAAAAGUAUAUUUUCUAAACAAAAGUUACAGAACUGACUGAAUAAUAAGUGUGUGUGUGUGUGUGUGUGUGUGUGUGUGUGUGUGUGUGUGUGUGUGUGUGUGUGUGUGUGUGUGUGUGAGUGUGUGUGAGUGUGUGUGUGUGUGUGUGUGUGUGUGUGUGUGUGUGUGUGUGUGUGUGUGUGUGAGUGUGUGUGAGUGUGUGUGUGAGUGUGUGUGUGUGAGUGUGUGUGAGUGUGUGUGUGUGUGUGUGUGUGUGUGAUUCACAGGUUGCUUACCGAACCCAAAGGUCUGUGCGGGUUAAAAGAGGAUAGAGUUUAUACCAGUAGUCUGUGAUCCUCAACGUCCGGCCAGAAACACACAACAACACACCAGGACAUCUGUGUGUCGGCAGAUCUCGCUCGUGACUCUUGUCCAAUCAGAGCCGGGGGGCGUGUCCAUGGAUCCGCUCGCCGGGGUUCUGAGCUGAAGUUCUGAGUUUGUGACUGAAGACUGCAGCGAUGGAGUGUUUCGGCGCUGGACGCUCUCAGUCUCCGGGUGAUUCGGGAUCGUUUGGGGUCAGAGUGCAGGUCCAGAGCAUCUCCGGCCGGCCGUACGUGGUCCUGAACGCUCAGGGCAGACCCGAGUAUCCAGACGUCUUCCUCACGGAGCCUCGGCGGCAGGAGUUUGUGUCCAGCAUGAGCGGCAGUGCGUCCAGCGCUCAAAGCCCUCGAGCGGAUCACCACGGGUCACUCAGAGCCUUCAGACCCCCGGCGGUCCAGCAGAGGAGCCCCGAGAUCCUCAGCAGACACAGCCCUUCCUCGCCCGGGACGCUGAAGAGAGCCCGGAUCCCGGGGCCCGGAGUCCAGGAGCCGUCGGUGGAGAGGCUUCCCUGCCGGCCGUCUGGACCCGUCUCUGAGACACACGACGCCGGAUCCCCUCGCAGCCGAGUCCGGCCCGAGGGCGAGUCCAGGUCGGGUGGGACCGGGAUCGGAGCGGAGGCCGGCGGCUUCACACAGACAGAAGGGUCACAGCAGCGGGAGAGGUCAGAGGUCACAGAGGAGAACGGCAGUGGACAGGCCACACCUGAUCUUCUGAGAGGACGGCGAGAGCUUCCGGAUCAUCCUGACGAGGACACCGCUAAACUGGUGAUGAUUAACUACCUGAAAGACGGGUCCUGUGAGGGUGACGCCGUUAUCAGGCGGAGGGUGGAGCUGAUGUUCGACAAGAUCCACGUGUUGAAGUUCAGAGCGCUGGAGGAGUUGGAGUUUGCAGCUCCUCUGGAGGAGGUGAAAGAUCUUAAAGACAGAAGGGCGGCGCUAGAGAGACACGUCAGUCACUUACAGCAGCAGCUGCAGGAAGCCCAGCAGAACAACAAGAGUUUGUCUGAGGAGAAAGAGGAGAGGAACGCCAACCUGAGGGGACUGCAGGAGGCGCUAGAGAGGAGCGAACAGGAGCAGAUCACACUCCGCCACAAACUCACUGACAUGGAGAAAGAGCUGCAGACCUCACUGGAUCAACUCCUGCAGGCCAGAAGGGCUCGUGAUCAGUAUCGUUCUGAUAUGAGGGAUCUGCAGCAGCAGCUGUCUGACAUCCAUGAUGAGUUAGACAGCGCUAAGAGCUGCAAGGCCGGAGAGAGAGACAGACUGCUGCAGGAUCUGUGUGAGUUGCGCGGGGAGUUCGAGGCUCUGCAGCGGGUGCAGGAGGAGCAGGAGGAGGCGCUGCACCGGCGGGAGAGGGAGCUGACGGCCCUGCGGGGGGCGCUAGAGGAGGAGAUCUCCGCUCACGCCAGAGACGUGGAGGCGCUGCAGGAGGAGCACCAGCAGGAGAUCCACAGACUCCGGGAAGCCACGCAGGAGGCCAAAGAGAGUGUGGCUCUGCUGGGUCAGAAGGUUCUGGAGGUGGCGGCAGAGAAAGGAGCCGGUCAGACGCUGAUCUCAGAGCUGAAGCAGACUAAAGCAGAUCUCCAGCAGAAGAUAAGUGGUCUGGAGGAUCAGAUCUCCUCCCUCAACCAUCUCAUCCAGCAGAAGCAGGAGCAGGAGAAACACCUCACAGAGCGUGUGGAGCAGCUGACGAUGGAGAAACAGAAUCUGGAGGAGGAGCUGCAGGAGGUCAGACAGCAGGAGGAGGACAUGUGUGGAGCCAACCGAGCCCUGAUGAGACACCUGGAGGACACACAGAGUGAGCUGAGCAGGUUGACUCGAGCUCAUCGUGAGUUGAAGGAGCGGUUUGAGGAGGAGCGCCGUCAGAUGGAGGAGCUGCAGAGGAGACGCAGUGAGUUAGAGGAGGAGAGGAGGAGCCAGGACCGAGUGUUAGAGCGGCUGCAGGAGGAGAUGAGUGUGGCGGUGACGGGGUCCGAGCAGGAGACGCAGAGGCUGCAGGAGGAGGUGGACGUGCUUAGAAAUCAGAGCCAGAGAGAACUGGACACACUACACACACAGCUACACGACACACACACACAACUACAGACACACACACACGCCGCACAGGAAUACCAGAGAGAGCGGUGUGUGUUGGAGGAGAAACUCUGUCGCUGUGAGUUUGAUCUGAACGAGGCAGAAUUGAAAUCUCAGCAGCUGCAGAAGAGAAUAAAAGAGCUGGAGGAGAAACAACACACACAUGACGACAGACACAACAAACUCAUGGAGGUGCGAGUGUGUGAGCUGGAGCGGAGUGUGUUAGAGGAGCGCAGCAGCUCAGACGCACUCAUGAAGAGACUGGAACGAGGCCGAGAGCAGAUAGAGCAGGUGAGAGCUGAGCUGCUGCAGGAACGAGCUGCUCGACACGAGUUGGAAUGUGACAAGAUCCGUCUGGAGCGACAGAAUAAGGAUCUGCGCGGCCGUGUGUCGCAGCUGGAGGGAUCUCAGCGCGUCGGUCAGGACGCCGUCGUCUCCAAACUGCAGCUGCACCUGCAGGAGCUGGAGGAGAGGCUGCUGGGAGAGGAGAAAGAGAAGAGCGAGCUGCAGCAGAUGAACCGCAGGCUGGAGCGCCGCAUGAAGGAGCUGACGCUGCAUCUGGAAGAGGAGAAGCUCUCGCUGCAGGACCAGAGAGACCAGCUGUCUCUGCGUCUGAAAGCCCUGAAGCGUCAGCUGGACGAGGCCGAGGAGGAGAUCGAGCGGCUGGAGAACAGCAGGAAGAAGCUGCAGAGAGACGUGGAGGAACAGCAGGAGAUCAGUGACCAGCUCAACACCGAGAUCUGCAGCCUGCGCAACCACAUCAGGCGCAACACGAGACCCAAUAAAGCUCAGACUCCAGCUGAUGAAGAUGAUGAUGAAGAAGAUGAGACUGACGUGACGCUAGACAUGAAUUAAUUGCUGAAGAGUUGGAUUAUGAUUUUACAGUCGUGAAGCUGCUGGUCACAUGACUGCCUACCUGCAGCGAGGACAAGAGCUGCUUUAAACACAAAGCAUGCUCACACCACAUGUUGAUGUCAUUUAGUUCAUAGAAGUUCAUUGAUAAAGAAAAUCUAUUUAUGACAUUAUUUUUGACAGCAUUUUUACGCAAGUGCCUAAAACUGUUAACAGUGCUGUAGCUCUGCAGGAGGUUUCUUGAAGCGUCUUGAGACACAGUUCUUCUGGAUUGAGUCUCAGUUUGUUCUGUUUCUUCAUGUCACUCCAGACAGACUGAUGAUGAUCAGAUCACAUCACUAAAAUAUCACUGGAUUAUUACUAAUUAUUUGGAAAUGUAAACUGAUAUUUCCUCCUGACACACUACAGCAAAAGAUAGAAAUAACUGACUUAAAACCAUUUUAUAGCUGCUGAAAAUACUAGUGUUCUAAUCAUUUGGGCCACCACUGUAUAUAUAUAAUAUUGCACACACACACACACACACACACGCACACACGCACACACACACACACACACACACACACACACACACACACACACACACACACACACACACACACACACACACACACACACGCACACACACACACACACACACACA